UUCCACGUUGCGUGUUCCAAAAAUUUGCGAUUUCAAUGUACGUUGCAUUGUAUAAUAAAUUAAUAAUAAUAAAUUAAUUUUAAUAAAUUAAUAAUAAUAAAUCAAAAUAGUCAACUAUUAAAUAAAUAUCUCAAUGUGCAAUAUAACGUUAUUUUAAUAUUUUCAAAAAAAAAAGAAAAUGGAUUGAAAUAAAAAUUAUUGUAAUUAUUAAUGUUGAAAAUUAAAAAAUAGAACAUAAUUUGGUAUACAAAAUGAAAAAUUAGACCGAACUGGAGUAAAUCUAAAUUAGAUGAUGAAUGUAAUUAAUCUUUUAAACCUGAAGUUAACACCAAUUUACACGUGGUUAUAUUUAAGUAGUAUGGGGUAGUAUCAUUUGUUCACAUAUUUCUAGAUUCAUUUAAUAUUUUCAAAUUGUUUAGCUCCGUUCCAUUCAAAGAAAUUAUUUGCAAAUAAUUCCAUAAAAGUAAAUAUAAAUAAUGGAAGUGUUAAACGAGCCUGUUCGACAAGAAACGAUGAUAUUAUGUUGUAUUUGCGGCAUUGGUAUUGAACCAAAUCCAGCAAAUAUGUGUGUAGCAUGUUUAAGAACGCAAAUAGACGUCACUGAGAAUAUUCCUAAACAAGCAACAAUUCAUUUUUGUAAACGCUGUGAAAGAUAUUUACAACCACCUGCAGAAUGGAUUCAUGCUGCAUUAGAAUCUAGAGAAUUAUUAACAUUAUGUUUAAAAAAAUUAAAAGGUCUAAACCGAGUGAAAUUAAUCGAUGCUGGAUUUGUAUGGACAGAACCUCAUUCUAUGAGAUUAAAGGUAAAACUGACAGUGCAAGCUGAAGUUAUGAAUGGAGCAAUUUUGCAACAAGUAUUUAUAGUUGAAUAUACUAUAAACCAUCAAAUGUGUAAUGAUUGUCAUCGAAUAGAAGCUAAAGAUUAUUGGCAUGCAUUGGUACAAGUGCGACAAAGAGCGACAAAUAAAAAAACAUUUUAUUAUCUAGAACAAUUAAUGUUGAAAUACAAAGCACAUGAACAAACUUUGGGAAUAAAACCUAUUCAUGAAGGUCUAGAUUUCUUUUAUACAAAUGAAGCGACAGCACGCAAAAUGGUUGAUUUCCUUUCAAGUGUUAUACCUUGUCGUUAUAAUCAUUCCAAAAAAUUGAUAUCACAUGAUAUCCAUAGCAAUAUUUAUAAUUAUAAAUUUACAUAUAGUGUGGAAAUAGUUCCAAUAUCAAGAGAUAGCAUAGUAUGUCUUCCAAGAAAAUUAAGUCAUCAACUUGGAGGAAUAAACGCAAUUUGUUUAGUAUAUAAAAUUACAAAUUUUAUACAUUUAAUAGAUGUAUCAACUGGACAAAAGUUAAAUGCUACACUUUAUUGGAGACAUAAUUUCAAUAGUAUUUGUGACCCAAAGCAAUUGAUAGAAUACACAGUAAUGGAUAUUGAACAAAUAAAAUACAAGGAUAGAAAGUUUUUCCCUGGACAGGGAGCUAUUUCACAUAAGCAUGUAAUAGCAGAUGUAUGGUUAGUUAGAAGUUCGGACUUAGGAUUGAACGAGAACUUAAUUCAUACACGUACUCAUCUUGGUCAUAUAUUAAAACCCGGUGAUACAGUUCUAGGGUAUGCUCUUAGCGAGAGUAACAUUAAUGAUGAGAAUUUUGAAAUGUUGAAUAAAGACGUAAUACCAGAUGUAAUUUUAAUAAAAAAGAAUUAUACACAAGAUAGAACAGCGCGUCGUAGAAUGAGAGCUUGGAAAUUAAAACAUAUGAUACAAGAAACGGACAGUAUGGAUACAGAUAAUAAUGAUUAUUAUGAAUUUUUGGAAGACAUUGAAGAAGAUCCAGAAAUGAGACAAAAUAUAAAUAUUUUCAAAGAUUCUAGGAAAUCUAUUCCGGUUGAUACCAAUGAAUUAUCUGAUCCUAGUUAUCCACAAAUUAGUCUUGAAGAAAUGCUUGAGGAUCUCGCCAUUGACGAUAUCGAAAUACCUCAUGUUCCUUUAUAAUAAAAUUUGAAUAAAAUUAUAUAUUAUUAAUUUUUUAAAUUAUAUAUUAUAAAUUUUUUAAACUUAAAUUAAUUUAAGUUUAAAUAUUAUAAAGCAAAUAAAUUAGUUAGUUACUUGUUAUUUUUAUUGUUUACUAAUUCUAUUUAUGAGAGACAGAGAGUGCGCGCAUGUGUGUAUUUAUUAUAGAACAAUUAAAUAGUCUAGCAGUUAAAAUUAUUACGAAAAUUUGAAAGAAGUACAUUAAAGUAUUAAAUAUUUUUUUUUAAAUUUGAGAUUAUUUACUACAAAAAUAAAAAUAAUUAUAUUAUAUUAGAUCUUUCAUCAAAGUGUUUACAAGGAAUCAGAAGAGAAAUAA